UCCGCCACAGGGGCGCGGCAGGUCCCUGGUACCCCCGCCUGGUUCAUGGCCGCCUCGCACAAGACCAAGGUUGUCGCAAAGAACAUAUCCAGAAUUGCACUCAUUUCCGAGGAGGCGACGAAAUACACGGCACAACAGGUCAGAAGGUCAAGGAACGCCCCAUUGCCAGCACCUUCUACGCACCCUUCGACCUUUACGAGCGAGGCAAGUUCGACGAGAUCCUUGAGGGGAUGGUCAGCUCCCACGCCCAGAACGAGGACAUGGCCAUUUCCGAAGCCAUGACCAGCAAGAUGUUCGAGGACGCUAAGACUGGUGUUGGCCUGGACCUGGCGGCACAGAUCCUGCAGCAGGGGCGUGACCACGGCAUCGCUGGAUACAACCGCUGGAGGCACCUCUGCGGCCUCCCGAAAGCUGCCUCCUUCCAAGGCCUGAGUGACGUCGUUGCCCCGGAAAACAUCAAGAAACUACAAGGGAUUUAUAAGCAUGUGGAUGAUGUGGAUCUCUUCACCGGUGGACUCGCGGAAAAGCCAAACUGUGGAGCGCUGGUCGGGCCCACGUUUGGCUGUUUGAUUGGUCGCCAGUUCCACCACCUGAGGCGAGGCGAUCGUUACUGGUAUGAGGACGACAUCCCGCCCUCCUCAUUCACUAAGGAACAACUUUACGAGCUCUGCAAGACCAGCCUGGGACGUGUGAUCUGCGACAGCAGCGACAAGCUCCAGCACGUCCAGCCCAAGGUCAUGCUGGAGGCUGAUUCCUUCCUGAAUGCACCAAUGGCCUGCCAGGGGAAGCAUAUCAAGGGUGUGGACCUGACGAAGUGGAAGACCGCCAGCCCCAACUUCAUCAUUCCCGACAAGAUGCUUCGGGAGAGCAUUGAGAGGGCCAGGCGCGACAUUACCAACAUGAGGGACUCCGAGUGGAACCUCUGGGAAGCACGUCAGGCAGCAUAAGGGCACGAAAAACACGCGCAGCUGACCGCCAGCUGAAGGACUACUGAAUCCGGGUCACCAAGCAACGUCCUCGACCUGAUGGAAGUGUUGGCAAACAUUGACGUGAGCGACAUCAUGGAAAUCCCCAGUGUGUUUGAGUGUGACGACCAGACCUGCCUUGCGACCAUACACCACGAUUUCGUACGGCGACAGGAUGGUGAAAUAACCUGAAGCUCCCGUCCUUCGGCAAGUCAUUCCGGGCCAAGAGUCGUCUGUUGAGGCCCUCCUAUGAAGGUCUAUCAAAACCCUGAGCUACGUCAAUCACAGGUCAGCCGCUUCCCUCCCCUCGGCUAAUCUCUACGAACAUGCACAACAAUGUCUCGGCUCCUCAUGUUCGCUACACCCUCAUGGUCAUGCAAUGGGGGCAGCUUAUCGACCAUGACAUCAUCUUCACGCCCAUCAACAAAGGUCACGCUUGCCAAGAUGCUCUGCGAUAACUGUGAUAAUGUGGAGAGUGAGCAGCGGUCCGUCUUUGACCUUCCUGACCCCUUCCUGUAAGUGAGACUGUUUGGGGGUUAGGUCAGUAUUGUUAAAGGUCACAGGCUCACAUUACAACUGUUUCCCAAGGCCACAGAGAAGAUUAUCCGGGUUUUCUUGGGUG